AAUAACGCGCGAAACAAAAAAAAUGGCGAACCUUCUGGGAUGUUGUGGAAUCGGCGCCCGUCGGACCUCUGAGCGAAGGCCAAGAUACAUUAUUGGCCCAAACAGGGAGCGGGUGAGUUCCUAUUAUGACUUGGAAAAGCUGUCGCUGCCAAUUGCAAGGAGCAGGCGAAGGACAUCACAUGUGGAUAAAUAUUAUCCAGUAGAGAUCAUAGAAGAAUCAAAAGACGGUGGUUACUGCAAGGUUCAUUAUAAAGGAUGGCAUCAUCGCUAUGAUGAGUGGAAAAAAAAGGAGGACAUUAGAGUAAACAGGGAAUUGGAAACAACCAAUGGGAAAGUUGCAGAGCUGAAGAUUGACAUAAAAAAUUCACUAAGAUAUACAAAAACUGAUAGUAAGGUGUUUAUACGUAUGAAAAUGGACACCGAACAGUUUGAGCCUCUAAGGCAAGUUGGAAUAAUUUUCAAAGAAACAAGGAUGAAGACAAUUUUCACAGUUGACAGCAGACAAUCCUUAGAAAAAAUAUUUGGUGUGGGUUGGGAUUAUCUUGUCCAAAAUCAACACGGUGAUAGCUAUUAUAUAAAAACUGUAACUGUCAGAUUUUGGCUUAGACAGAAAAAGAACAAGACAGAAUUCAACGUGUACCCCGACCACCUUGACAAAAGUCGAAAUCCCACAGGGCACUGA